AUCAUUUGUAGUUAGUUUUAUCAAUCCAGCUAGUGUUAUUAUCAGAAAAACAUGGCUCUAAUUGCUAAAGUGGAGACUGAAACAAAGAUCAAAGCACCUGCUGAUAAGUUCUUUAAACUCUUCAAGAGCCAAGCACACCACCUUCCUAAUAUCUGCUCCGAUAAAAUACACAAAAUCGAGGUACAUGAAGGUGACUGGGAGACUCAGGGCUCCGUCAAGCAUUGGAGUUACACCAUUGGUGGGAAUUCUCAGAGUAUUAAAGAGACUGUGGAAUCAAUAGAUGAAGAAAACAGGUCCAUGACGUUCAAGGUUUUGGAUGGGGAGGUGCUGAAAGAAUACAAGAGCUACAAGUUCACCGCACAAGCGAUACCAAAGGGGGAGGGCUGCUUGGUGAUAUGGACCAUCGAAUAUGAGAAGGCAAGUGAGGGUGGCCCAGAUCCCCAUAACUACCUAGAGUUUGCAGUUAAUAUUACCAAAGAUAUCGAAAGUCACCUUCUCAAUGCAUAACACCAAGGCCAUAUCUACCCUUUGCUAGUAUCUCGCUCGUAAAUAAAGUUUGGAACUU